GAUGGCAAGUCGCGCACCAUAUGAACUCGUCGCUAAGAAGAACACGACAUCUGCAGUCUGGCAAUACUUCGGGUUCCUAGCAAAUGAGAAGGGGGAGCCAGUAAAUACUGAUGAGGCAAUAUGUAAAUUAUGUGAUAAAAAGGUGACUGCAAGGGACGGAAACACGUCAAACCUAAGGACGCAUCUCAGAGUUAACCAUCCACUCACUGCUGCGAGGAUGCAUUUGGCCCCGAGUUCAAUAAGCGCAACAGUUUCAACACCUCCCGCUGAUACCGAUGCAGGACCAAAACCAACAACAACUAAGUCCACCGCCACUUAUACGCAGUCGACAAUAAUAGGGGCCUUCGGGAAAACAACGAAGUACAAAAGGGACAGUGUCCGUUGGAAAACCUGCACGGAUGCAGUGACAAAAUACUUGGCAAAGGAAAUGGUCUCUUUCCACACGGUGGAAAAAAAGUCCUUUAAGGACAUGGUAAAGGUCCUAGAUGCCCAGUACGAGCUACCAGGACGGAAACAUUUCUCACAAACAGCCGUCCCACAUUUAUAUAUUAAAGUUAGAGACGAGGUUCAAGUACUGCUGUCAGAGGCCGAGAGUUAUUCUUUAACAACUGACAUGUGGUCAUCAGUUAACAUGACUCCAUAUAUGUCCCUGACUGUCCACACCAUUACACCUGAGUGGAAACUUGAAUCCAAAUGCCUCCAAACAACGUAUUUUCCUGAGAGUCAUACGGCGGACAACCUUGCUGCAGCGCUCAGAGUUGCACUUCAGAACUGGCAACUUGACGAGAAAAAACUUUCAGCCAUAACCACUGACAACGCUGCCAACAUUUCUGCCGCAAUCAGGUCCCUGGAGUGGCCGUGGCUUAACUGCUUCGGUCAUAAUCUAAACCUGGCUGUCACAAAUGCAAUGCAUGACAAUAGGCAAAAAACCGAGCGCGCCCACGGAGUGUGCCGUUGUAUUGUCGGGGCCUUUUCACACAGCUGGCAACGUAAGAGUGAACUCAACAAGAAGCAAGUGGAGUUGGGACUCCCAGAACAUAGCCUCAUAACGGACUGCGCAACUCGCUGGGGCUCCAAACUGGCAAUGGUGGAGCGCAUCCUGGAGCAGGCCCAGGGGAUCAGACACGUCUUGUCUGACGACAGAAGGAGCAGCCUGUCCCUGACCUGGCAGGACACAGACGUCUUGAAAGCUGUUCACGACGCACUGAAACCAGUCGGUGACUUCACUGAUAUUUUGUCAGGAGAACAUUAUGUGACCAGUUCCUCUAUCCUCCCCAUACUCCAGCUAUGCAGGGACAAUGUGUUGGCUUUGUCAGAAUAUGACCUCCAGCUAACAAAGUCAAUCAAAACUGGAAUUCUAAAAAAGCUAGAGGCCAAAUAUGAAUCCGAUUCAGUGCGCAAAUUAAUGCGAAAAUGCACUUUCCUCGACCCUCGUUACCGUGGAGGAUAUGAGACUGAUGCCAGCGCAUUGGCUGAGACCAAGGCAGAAUUACAGGCUGAGAUCGUGAACUUAGAGAACCAAGCACCAGCAGGUCCAGUGGUCAUCAUCAGAGUGGAAGAGGGAGAGGCGCAACCCGAACCCCCACGAAAAAGGGUGACUCUGGGAAGUCUUCUGCAAAAACAAGCCGAUGCAGUGGCAGGUCCCAUCGGCAGCGUAGAAGACCGAGUUGGAGCUGAAAUAACAGCCUACUGUUUGGAGCCCGUUAUCCAAGCAGACAAAGACCCACUUCUGUGGUGGAAAUGUGCUGCCCGGCGUUUUCCCCUGAUGUCACGGGUGGCUAGAAAGCACCUGUGCGUCUGUGCCACAAGCUCGCCGUCGGAACGGGUUUUCAGCACCGCGGGAAAAGUUGUAAGUCCCCAACGUUCCCUGUUAAAUCCAGAAAAAGUUAACAUGCUGGUUUUUCUGGCUAAAAAUCUUGACUAAACCUGUUGACACUUGCCACCCAGCUCACUGCUAUUAUUUGUUUCUUUUACUUUUACCACUUUUUUAAAGGUCGCUCUUUUUGUUAUUUAAAGUUGUUCAGGCUGUGAUGUAAUUUAAUUGAUUUGUCUGCGCAUUCUGCGCAAAAACUAUUUUGGGUGGUCAGGGUAAUUUAAUUUUUUUGACUGUUAUAUUUGUACUUUUUAAGCAGUUUCUAAUAAACGUUAAUAUUGUGCACAUUAUGUUGUUAUUGUUUCAUUAUUAGUGUUUGGUAUUUAAUUUCUGAACAAGUAGGCACAAGUCAACAGUUUGGUGAUGCCGUCUCAGCCUUAAGUCAUAAUUUUUAAUUAGUCACGGUAAUGCCGUUUACCGAGGUAAAAUGUGG